AUGAAAUUCCCUGGCUCGGUGCUGGUGUCAGUCUCCCUGUUUGUGGCAGAGACAGUGACCGCCCUGUACAUAAGCAGCACAUACAGAUCGGCCGGAGACAAGAUCUGGCAGUCCCUGACCCUCCUCUUCUCCCUCCUGCCCUGUGUGCUGGUGCAGAUAAGUCUCAUCUUCAUUCACAGGGACCUGAGCAGGGACAGACCGCUGGUGCUGCUGCUGCAUCUACUGCAGCUGGGACCUUUAGUAAGAUGUAUUGAAGUGUUCUUCAUAUACUUCACUGCUGGCAAAGUCGAGGAGCCCUAUGUUAGCAUCACAAGGAAGAAGCAACUGCCCAAAGGAGGCUGUAGUGAUGAAGUGGAGAAGGAGCUGGGUCAAGCAGAGAGAAAACUAUUUACACAUAGGUCUGCCUUCAGCCGAGCAUCCGUCAUCCAAGCUUUCCUGGGAUCAGCACCUCAAGUGACCCUUCAGCUAUAUAUAUGUGUAAUGCAGAGAAAUAUUACAACAUCAUUGUGUGUCUUCAUGAGCAUCUCCUUGCUGUCUAUUGUGUAUGGAGCAUUGCGCUGCAACAUUCUGGCCAUAAAGAUCAAGUAUGAUGACUAUGAUAUCAGCGUCAAGCCAGUUGCCUAUAUUUGCAUAUUCCUGUGGAGGAGUUUUGAGAUUGCCACUCGAGUGAUUGUUCUGGUUUUGUUCAGCUCUGUCCUUCAAAUAUGGACCUUGCCGCUGGUGUUAAUGAACUUUAUUGUGUUUUUCUUUUACCCAUGGAUUCUUUUUUGGCAGAGCAAAUGUCCCUUUCCUGAAAACAUUGAAAAGGCAUUGACCAGGGUUGGCACAACUAUGGUUCUCUGUUUCCUUACUUUUCUGUAUGCCGGCAUCAAUAUGUUCUGCUGGUCUGCUGUUCAACUCAAACUAAAUGACUCAGACCUAAUCAAUAAGUCUCAAAACUGGUAUCGUAUGGCUGUUUAUUAUAUGGUGAGAUUUAUUGAAAAUGCUGCCCUGCUUCUGCUGUGGUAUAGUUAUAGAACAGAGGUAUAUAUGUAUGUAUGUGCUCCACUGGUGGUGCUGCAGCUUAUGGUUGCUUAUUGUUUGGCUGUUCUGUUUAUGCUCAUUUUUUUCUACCAGUUUUGCCACCCCUGCAAGAAACUUUUUUCCACAAGUAUUUCUCAGGGGCUCCUCUCCUGCUUCAAGUUCCUGUGCUACCUUUGUAUACCCUCCAAAGCUCCAAACAAAGGGGAUAAAUUUGGAGCCAAAUUGUCUGAUAGCUCUGAUAUCAGUGAGCAUAUGAGCAGCAGCAAGACUGUUGAAGCUCAAAAUGGAAACCCAGAGUUGGGUGCGUCUUCCAGUCCUUAA